AAUAAGAAAGAAAACAGAAAAAAAUUCUUUGCUUUAGAACAAAGGCAGAGACACAAAACAAAGGCUAAUUCGGAGCUCUCCUCCACAUCUUCUUCUCCGCAACAAGAACAAACAACCAAAACAAAGCCAAAUUUCCCAGAAAAUCAGAUCAUUCUUUCAUCAAUUUCGUCUUCCUUUGAUCAUUGGCGAGAAUCCAUCAGCUCAAAAAUCAGAGAAGCUGAUUCUUCUCCGAUCGUUAUUUUGUUCAGACGUUAAGGAUAAUUCCGAUUUCCGAUUCUUCCUAGGGAUUUGAUCGAUCGGUUUUGCACCAAAACAGCCGUCGAAAGGGUGUUUCUUUGAUCUGGUUUCGAUGGCGGGAUUAGAUAAAAACGCUGGGAAGACGAAAUCGGCUACGACGUCGUCGUUUUUCAACAGGUCGCUUACAAUUCACGGGAGAACAGUGGUGGAUUCGAGCCCCAAAUCCCACAAUCUCAAUCCUUCUCUCAAUCGUACCACCUCCAUUACCAAAUUCUACACCCCCGUUGAAUCUAUGGGAAGUUCUCUUAAAGGCAAAGUCAAAAACCUUUGUAGAUUAUUUGAGAGUUCCAAACCCGUUAAACCAGCCUCAGCUGAGAUUCCUCAAAAGCAGAAAUCCGGCAAAUCUCUUUUACCCGAAUCCCGGAUAUCGCCUUUUUUCAGCUUAAACAACUCGGUCAUCCGUCUUCCCGGGACAGAGGACAGGAUUGUGGUGUAUUUUACUAGCUUGAGAGGGAUUAGGCGGACAUAUGAGGAUUGCUAUGCUGUGAGAAUGAUAUUUAGAGGGUUUCGUGUUUGGAUUGAUGAGCGUGAUGUCUCCAUGGAUAUAGCUUACAGGAAAGAGUUGCAGAUUGCAAUGGGAGAGAAGAGUGUGUCGUUGCCUCAAGUUUUCAUUAUGGGAAAGUAUGUGGGUGGUGCUGAUGUGAUCAAGAGUUUGUUCGAAAUUGGCGAGCUCGCCAAGAUUCUUAAAGAGUUUCCUAUGAGACAACCAGGCUUUGUUUGCCACUGCUGCGGGGACAUCAGAUUCGUUCCGUGUUCCAAUUGUAGUGGGAGCAAGAAACUGUUUGAUGAGGAUGAAGAUAGGCUCAAGAGAUGUCCGGACUGCAAUGAGAACGGAUUGAUACGUUGUCCUCAUUGCUCAUCUUGAGAGAUAUCAAUCAACCUGAAAAACCAUUAAAAAAAAAAAAAAAAGAGGUAUUUAUUUCUCUUUUGAUGUUUCCAUUGUUGUGUAGAACAGUGAAUGAUGCUACAAGUAUCCGAAAAUCUCUUUUGGAUCAGCAGCAUUUCACUUUGGGGUUAAGGUUUGCGAUCAAUGGUAAUGGGAAUGCUGGUGAUCGUGGAUUUAGUUAUGUAUGUUUGCUACUAAGGACUAAUGUAAUUUGUGUAAUCAAAAUGUCUGAAACGGGUAGUAAGCAUUUUGACUCUUGUGUGUCAAUGUUGUGAGAGACAACUUUGUGCUUAUGCUAUAUGUAUUUGAUUGUAAAUACUUAGUGUGUUUAUGGGUAUCAUGUUUGAUUACGACAGUAACUGGAUGAUUCU